GUGACCAUGACAAACCGCUUCCAGACCAGCGCAAAGAUAAACUGUUCUCUGCCUUACAGAGCGGGCUGUCGAUGCGUAACAUUUAAAAAGAUUUGUCACAAUGAACAGACGUGAAAAGGGAUAUUCAUUUUGAGAAUUACCAAGAAAAAAAGGAAAAGUUUGGCUUUCGAAGGAGGCUGUCGUAUUAAAAGCAGCAACACAGUUCAGCUCCGACCACACAUAGACUCCAUGGCAUAACGUCCAUUCUCAGAUUCUGCUGGUUCCUGGGGAUUUCUGUUGAGGAGCUCACCCCUCUGACGCAGCGCUGCCAUUUUCCACCGCCAGAAGGGAACCAGGAAGCAGUCGGCGAGAGUCAUGCCUGCGCUGUCCACCGGAGCCGGCCAUGAGCCAGGUCUGUAUGAGCUGCUGGCGGCUCUGCCAUCCCAGCUUCAGCCGCACGCCAGCUGCCCUGAAGAUAACGUCUUCCUUCAGAACAUGUUUGGGGAGAAAGGCCUCCACUCGCUUGUUAAGAUCCACGAGCGGCUGCGACACUACGAGGAGGGCAAACCCACGGCUGUCCUGAAAAGUGCUUCAGCUCUGGCCCAUGAAGUAUCUGAAGAGCUGGCAAGGAAACCAGAGAGUGUAGACAUGGAAGAGCUCCAGAAACUACUGACAAAACCUCACAUGAAGAGCCUUCUGUCUGUCCACGACACUGUUGCCCAGAAAUGCUACGACCCUGAACUACCUCCACUUCCUGAAGACCUCGAUGACGAGGAAGACUCUGUGAAAAUCAUACGACUCGUCAAAAACAAAGAGCCUCUCGGUGCGACGAUAAGACGUGACGAACGCACAGGAGCCAUUGUCGUGGCCAGGAUCAUGAGAGGAGGAGCAGCCUCCAGGAGCGGACUCAUACAUGUUGGUGAUGAACUGAAGGAGGUCAACGGAAUCCCUGUGGAUGACAAGAAGCCAGAGGAAAUAAUCCGUAUUCUGGCUCAGUCAGAAGGAGCCAUUACCUUUAAACUUGUGCCUGGUGUGAAGGAGGAGGCGCCAGUCAAAGAGCCAAAGGUGUUCAUGAAAGCACUCUUCGACUUUGACCCCAACGAAGACAAAGCCAUCCCAUGCAAGGAAGCGGGUCUGGCUUUCAAGAAAGGCUCCAUCCUUGAGAUCAUGAGCCAGGACGAUGCAACAUGGUGGCAGGCCAAACAUGAAGGUGACGCCAACCCCCGCGCCGGUCUGAUCCCGUCCAGACAGUUCCAGGAGAGGAGGCUCGCUCUUCGACGGCCUGUUGCAACCCUUCCUAUCCAGAGAUCCUCAAGCAAGAGAUUAUAUGAUGUGGAGGUUGAGCUUGAGGAAGCCGACGCUAGUAGCGGAUUCCACUUAGCUGGCUUCAGAAGAAGCUUCCGCCUCAGCAGGAGAGACAAGAAGACCAACAAGUCCAUGUACGAGUCAAAGAAGAGCGAAAUGUACGACACAGCCGACGUCCCCACAUACGAGGAGGUGGCCCCCUACCGCAGGCCGAGCGGAGCCAAACACCGACUGGUGGUCCUCGUGGGACCCACUGGUGUCGGCAUCAACGAGCUGAAGAAGAGGCUGCAGAUCAGUGACGUGCAGCGUUUUAAUGUGGCCAUCCCGCACACCAGUCGGCCCAAGAAGAACGGCGAGAGUGAGGGCGUGGAGUACCACUUCAUCUCCAAGCAUCUCUUUGAGGCGGACAUCCAAAACAACAAGUUCAUCGAGUACGGAGAGUUCAAAGGGAAUUACUACGGGACGACUCUGGACUCUGUUCGCUCCGUCCUGUCGAAGGGCAGGGUGUGCCUGCUGGAUGUUCAGCCUCAUGUGCUAAAGCUUCUUCGGACAGCAGAGUUCAAACCUCUGAUUGUGUUUGUGAAACCUCCAUCCAUCGACAGACUGAGGGAAACCAGAAAGAACGCCAAAACCAUGUCAAGCAAGGACGACGGGAGAAAUAGCAAGCCAUUCACGGACGAGGACUUCCUGGAGAUGGUGAACACCGCACAGGUGAUGGAGAUGCAGUAUGGUCAUCUGUUUGAGAAGGUCAUCGUCAACGACGACCUCUCGACGGCCUUCAGCGAGCUGCGGUCGGCGGUAAAGAAAGUGGAGACAGAAACUCACUGGGUUCCAGUCAGCUGGACUCACUCCUGAAACCAGCACGGACUGGGAAAGGGUUAAAGGGCGGGGCUUUUCCCACAAAAAUACGCUUUUUCUAGAUGAAUACACAUAUCGGUUUCAUAUUUCUGAGGGAGUCGGCGGGACAAAUCGGGACCGACUUUGGCGUUGCCACACAAAAAGUAGGCAAAGGGGAUGUGGAUGGAUUUGGAUCUUCAGUUCUGACCCGACAGGACUGUAAAUUCUGGACACAUUUCCCAGGUCCAAUCCACGUUUGUCAAUUCAACCGCCUUCAUCUGGCUGUGGUGGUUUAGAAUUGGACCAGAAGGAACCAUGGACUUCAUGCUGGCUCCUGUUUCUGAACCCUGAGGGGAAAACAGGGUAAACAAUAAAAAAAAAAAUAGUCUUCUGUCUUACCACACCACGUCUGUGCUUUCACGGUGUUUAGUCCAAACAAAACUCUUCCAGGUACUCUCACAAGAAGGGCAAUAACUAUUUUAUUUAAAGAAAUUAAUAUAUUUUCUGAAAUGUUCCAAUAGUUCUUUUAUACACAAAAUGUAAUUUUAAAAGCAACUGGUCUUAACUGUAGCAGCAUUUUUUAUAUAUAUUUUUGUUAUUCUAGAAGUUUCUUUGCUUUCAUAGAGGCGUUUUAUUUCAUGUCAGACUCCAAACACGCGUCGGUGUUUUUGGUUCCAUUACAGCAGCUUAAAGAAAACAGAUUUUAUUGAAUUUUAUUAAUGGAGUUUGUUCUCCACAAAGACACUAUAACUUCUGUGAAAUUAAUUUCUAGAUCUUCAUUUUUUUUUUUUUUUUGGUAAAAUAAAAGCUUUUACUUUCAUUUAUUUUACUUUAAUUGACCUAGAACCAGAACAGGAUCAGAACACUUUAGCUUGGGAUAAAACAACACUUCCUGUUGUCAAUUUUUUUUAGUUCCUGUUUUUUUUUUUUUUUUUUUUUGCCAUUUCUUGUCAAAGACUUUGGAGCGACUUCAAGUGAAUCUCAAGGAAAAACCUAUUUAAUUUGGAGAAAAUUCAUUCUUUUUUCAAAUAUUUCUACAACUAUGUUGAAAUGUACAAUUAUAAAAAUGAAGUCACUUUCAAAAUAAAAGUUCAAAAUAACCAACCAUGUCAAUAACAUGUCAUUUUUACAAAAUAACAUGUAGAAAUUUAAGGCCUUGUUUACUCCUGUGCAUCUGCACAACUUUGUUCUCCAAAAACUCAAAUGUUUUUUUUUAUUUGUUUUUCCAUCUGCUUUCAUGUUUACAGUCAUAAAUCUUUGGGUCAAAUGAGUGUUUUAGGAAUUUGACCGUACUUUUCUUCGGUUUGAGUACGGCACACCUCUGCUCUGUUUCAUCGAUAAGACUCACCUUUGUGAAGAAGACUGUUUUUAACUUGUAAAUGAAAAGGCCGCCUGCACGCCACACUGUAUGGGUCUUUAUUUCUCAGUAAAGAAAAUCCAUCCAAUCAGAA